AUGUCGGCGCCGCCCGUGAUGCAGGACCCAGCUUAUGUGCAGCCUGAAAGCGCUGCUUGUAACUACUACAUGCGUCUGCCUGGCCCAUGUCCAUCGAUCUUGCAGCUUUCCUUUCCAGAAAGCUUCAAUGAAGGCGAGCAGCAUCUCAGGAUUCCAGAGCAGGGCAGCAAGGGGCUGCAGCAGGAGAAGAAACAGCCCAAGACAAUCUCGUCUUCAUCUUCGCAGGAUGAGCCGGAACCGCAACCCGGAGUUCAGCCAAUGAAGAGUGCUGGUAGUGUAGGGCACCCUGACACUUGCAAGGAGUGCACCUUCUUUUUCUUCAGUGCUGCGGGUUGCCGUAAUGGAGCUGGUUGCAGCUUCUGUCACGAGUUCCAUCCCAGGAAGAACAACAAGAAGAAUCGACGCAUUAUGCGCACAUUGCAGACCCGUCCGCUGCUCAAAGCCAAUCGUGCUAGACAUUCUUGCCCUUGA